UGCCUACCCCUACUCUCCUUUCAUCCCCUCCCUCAUGGGGCCAUGACGCCUAUUGAUUUCAAAUAACCAUUGUUUGUCCUAUUUUCCUCCAUACUCUCAAUCUGGGCAUUAUUGCCAACCCAGUGGCGGUUGGGAAUCAAAGUCCCUGGAAAAUGGCUGCAGAGGAGGCAAAAACAAAAAUGGGAGGGUACGGGGGAAUGGUGAGCGUGGUGGCUGAGGGGUCGGAAUCAGCAGCUGAGGAGACACUGAUGCUGUGGUGUACUCAGCAGCCCACUUACUCCCAGCACAACGCCUUCGUCUCCCAAUCAUCCCUCUCUCUUUAUCUCGACGCCUGCGGCCACUCUCUCUCCAUUUUCCAAUCCCCUUCUUCAUUGGGCAAACCUGGAGUGACUGGAUCUGUGAUGUGGGAUAGUGGAGUUGUAUUGGGGAAGUUCCUAGAACAUGCUGUGGACUCAGGGCUGCUGCUUCUUCAAGGCAAGAAGGUUGUUGAACUGGGCUCUGGCUGUGGUUUAGUUGGCUGCAUUGCUGCUCUUUUGGGUGCUCAAGUUUUUCUUACUGAUCUUCCUGAUAGACUGAGGUUGCUGAAAAAGAAUGUUGAAACCAAUCUGAAACAAGGAGACCUGCGGGGUUCUGCAACAGUACACGAGCUUACAUGGGGUGAUGAUCCUGAACCAGAAUUGAUUGAACCUCUGCCUGAUUAUGUACUAGGGUCAGAUGUAAUUUAUAGCGAGGGUGCAGUGGCUGAUUUAUUAGCGACACUAAUGCAGCUAUGUGGGGCUCAAACAACAAUUGUUUUGGCUGGAGAACUUCGAAAUGAUUCCAUCCUAGAAUACUUUUUAGAAGCUGCAAUGAAGGAUUUCAUGGUUGGGCGCGUGGACCAAACACAGUGGCAUCCAGAUUAUUGCAGCCCCCGUGUCGUUAUAUAUAUUCUGGUGAAAAAGAAAAGUCCCACAACAUGAAAAUGGUUUAAUAUGCUCCGGCUUCAGGCUGGGUAAGAGGGUAAGAGCAAGGUUUACCUGGAGUUGUGGAGCAAGAUGUGAUGAAGGCUGCCUCAUCUCCCAUGUUCAUUAGGUGGGAACUUCUCUAUGAUGGUUUUGUAAUUGAUUUCAUAUCUAUUUGUGAGACCAUGCAUGCUAGUACAGUGGCAUUUUUUUUUUUCCUUUUUACAAUUUGAAUUUGAAACUCCAGAAUUGUAAUACUGAAGCUUAUUUGAGGAAAGGAUCCAAGAAUUUUGGCAGGAAAAUUGCUACCAAAAUUCAGAGGUUCCCUUGGUUUUGCCCUCA